AACAAUUAUACCAUCUCUUGAAAUAGUUUCAACCCUGAAAACAUAGUAAAAGAAAACAUAGUAAGACUACCGCAAAAAACAAAUCAAGUCAACGCCACAAACAAUCAUCCGAGCUUGGUGAACAUGUCGGACGAGCUGGUGCUGUUGGAGUACUGGGCUAGUCCUUUUGUUGCGAGAGUCAAAGUUGCACUUGAAGAAAAGGGUAUCACAAACUAUGAAUGCCAGCAUGAGGACAACGUGCUCAACGCCAAAAGUUCACUUCUUUUGGAAAUGAACCCGGCUCAAAAGAAAGUCCCAGUUUUAAUACAUAAUGGAAAACCUGUUUGUGAAUCUCUGGUAAUAAUGGAGUACAUAGAUGAAGUUUGGAAACACAAAUCUCCACCUUUGCUGCCUAUUGAUGCUUAUGAGAGGGCGGGAGCUCGCUUCUGGGCAGACUAUAACGAUAAAACGCUCAUCAACAUUAUCCCAAAAUUAUGGGAACAGAAAGGCGGAAUUCAGCAGGAGCAAAAGAAGGAUUUUAUUAAUUACCUACAGUUAUUGGAAGUGGAGCUUGGAGAGAAGCUUUACUGAGGCAAUACUUUUGGGUAUCUUGAUGUUGUACUAAUUUCAGGUUAUAGCUGGUUUUACUCUUAUGAGAAGUGCACGGAAUCGGACAUUGUGGCUGUAUGUCCAAAACUUAUCGCAUGGGCUAAAAGAUGUGAGGAAAGAGAUAGUGUGAAAAGGUCUUUACCCAAUGAGCUUGCAAUCUAUGAAAAAGUUCUAGAGCUACAGAAGACGUUCGACAAAGAUUAAGAAAGGGAAGGCAUGGAAAGAUCAAUAUGUCUGGUGCUUGGGUGGUUAUCCCUUACUCUAUUUUCUUUUGCCAUUUAUUUGAUGUAUUAGUUUUGAUAUUUUAACUAGUUCUUGUUUCAAACAAUACGUCUCGAUUAUUUACCAAUGUGCAUUUGAAAUCUUAAAAAUUAGAAAUAGUAUCUUGUCUUUAAAUGAUUUUUUUACUCAUAAAAACCAACAUGAGUAUUGUAGCUUAGUUGGUUAGUGCAUUAGAAUAUCAAAUGAGAGGUCAUGGGUUCGAGUCUUCAUACACACAUUUUUAUUGUUUAAUGUCUCAUUUGAUUGUAUUGGGGAGGGGAGAGUACAUGUGGCAGCAUGUCAUUUGUUUGUCUUUAAUUUGUUGUAAUUCCAUUACUCUUCAAUAUUUUAUUUUUACGGUAUUUUCACCAA